AAUCAGUUUUCCGUUAAAAUGCAAAAGAUCAUUGCCGUUUUGGCCUUUGCCGCUUACGGCCCGUUAGUUUUCGUGGCGGCACAAAAGUGCCAGGAGUGUCAGAGCGGUAAUUCUGCCUACUGUUAUAGUCAGACCGCCUAUAGAAAUUGCAUGCAAAACAAUCCUAUUGGCGACAUUGUGUCCUGUGGCAGCGGCUACGUUUGCAGCAACACCGAGGAAGUGUGCGUGAUGAGUCAUUUUGUGGAUGGAUCUAGUGUGCUGGACGUAUGCGGUGCAGCCGGCGCCAAUAACGGUGAAAACUGUGAGGUCUGCAGCGGCAGCAACAAGUACAGCUGCGUCAGUGAGACCCAAUUUGUAAGAUGUGUAGAUCAGCAGGUAUCCACCGCCAAUGUUUACAGCUGUGACACCGAUGAGAUUUGUGUGAUUGAGGCCCUCGCCACCCACGGCACCCUCUGUGUGCCCACCAUUGUCGCCACUUUCCUGAACGAGUCGGCAACGUGCAGCAAUAGUGAGUAUGUGGCACCCCCAAACCCAACGGUACCCACUAUGCAAGAACAGGUGAAGGCCUGCAAAGAGGCAGGUGAACUACCUCCCAAUUCGAACAACCUUUCCUUCUUUACGGGAUACACCAACGACGCAACAUGCAAUAGCUAUCUCUACUGCGAGAAGGUCAGUAGCGUCACGUGGAUUGCCAUCCUAUAUAACUGCGAUGGGGCAGAACCAUUCUUCGACUCGGCCUCCUCCAGAUGUGUGUCCAUUCGACCGGCGGACUGCGCAGCAACAACUACGAGUAGACCGCAGGAACAGAAAACUUCUUCCACUGCAUUGUCAACGGAAGCUUCAUCUACCGCAGGAUCUACCACCAGUAUUCCGCAGGAACCAACAGAGUCUUCCACCAGCUCUAACUCCGAAGCGUCUUCUGAAGAUCCUUCUACCACAGGAUCUACAACUAGUACUCCACAGGAGCCAACAGAGUCUUCCACAAGUUCAAUCUCCGAAGCGUCUUCUGAAGAUUCUUCUACCCCUGGAUCUACAUCCAGUAGUCCACAGGAACCAACAGAGUCGUCCACCACUUCUAGCUCCGAAGCGUCCUCUGAAACCCCAGCUACGACAGCACCUGCAACGGAUGGUCCACAGGAACCAACAGAGUCGUCCACAACUUCUAACUACGAAGCAUCCUCUGAAGAUCCAUCUACCGCAGGAUCUACAACGAGUGAUCUACAGGACCCACCAGAGUAAAGGAGGUGAGAAAUAUUCAAAAAAUCACCGGCUUACAGUACGCAUUUGACUACAGUUCUAUUUGAAAAAUUCACACUAAUUAAAAUAAGACCAAUUACUUAUAAAAAAUUAUACAUCAACAAAUUACAUGCAAUUCACAUAAA